CAAUCUGGAACCUGGACGGGAGUCACUGGACAGUGGAGAUAUCGUAAAGAAGCGAAAGACGAAAGUGAGAGGUAGAAGAAGGCAGGAGGAAGGAGAAGAUAUGCCGUCGAUGGUAAUCGGUUCAUCAUAAUCGAUUCUGCGCCACAGUUUUUCCGAGCAGGUUGCGUGGAAGAUCAGUCGGAUGUUCACGUAACAGAGUAGAAGAGAAUCACAGAAUACCAAAAAAAGCUUUACCCUCUUGCUCGUCGGCUUUCUCCGUCUUGUUUUGGGGGCGAAGGCGGCUAUCGAUUGAGAAAUCGGCAGAAGAAGAAUAAGAUCAAAUCAUGGGAGCAGUAGCCAAGAGGGGAUGGCAACAGUACAUGUUACAGCUUCAUCAUCAUCCAUUGAGAACUAAGGCGAUUACUGCCGGUGUGUUGGCGGGAAUCAGCGAUUCAAUUUCUCAGAAGCUCUCCGGUAUUCAGAAACUCCAGCUGAAGCGGCUUCUUCUUAAAGUGCUGUUUGGAUUUGCUUAUGGAGGACCUUUUGGGCACUUCCUGCAUAAAUUGAUGGAUAAAAUUUUCAAGGGGAAGAAGGACACGAAAACAGUUGCCAAGAAGGUGUUGCUGGAACAAUUGACGUCUUCCCCUUGGAACAAUUUACUUUUCUUAAUAUACUAUGGCUUGGUCGUUGAGGGAAGAACCUGGAAUCAGGUUAGGAGUAAAAUCAAGAAGGAAUAUCCUUCUGUGCAGUUGACAGCAUGGAUGUUUUGGCCAAUAGUGGGAUGGGUAAACCACCAAUAUAUUCCAUUGCAGUUUCGUGUAAUCUUUCACAGCUUUGUUGCAUGCUGCUGGGGAAUAUUUCUGAAUCUACGGGCAAGAUCUAUAAUGCCAGUGAAGGGAUAGGUAAAUUUUGAGAGGAAAUGGACCCAAAACAAGAGUUAGUGGAAAGGUGACUGUCUACAAUGACAAUAUUUGCCUGGCAUGCUGUGAUUCCUUGCAUCUUUGGCAGCAUUGGCUUUUUUUAAAGUGAUAAAACAAACAAUUAGAGAUUGACUACUUCAUUGUCGCUUUUAUAUAUACUUGAUGAUUGUAACAAGCUUUUAUAUAUAUAUACUUGAUAAUUUUAACCAAA